AUGAUGUAUCCAGCAUAUGGGGGGCAUACUCCCGACACAUUGCCGGUGUCGUAUUCUCAAGAUGUCUUUUUCGACGACUUGUCCACACGCAUGGCCAUUUCACAGGCAGCAAGGCGGUUACCACGGGCAUCUGGAGGACAGCAACGGGCAGGAACAGCUAUGCGAGUAUCGAAACCCAACAGCACGAAUAACAGCCCCAGAUCCUUGUCGGCCAUGUCGAACCGGAGACGAACAAUGGUGGGUGGUGAUGCGCUGUGGACCGGUCGGAAAGAGCAGUCGAUACUCGACUAUCUCUCCGUCCCUCAGCAGAUUGACUCCAUAUCGUCACCGAGGCGGCCAGCACGACCUGUGAGCUGGCACCCGCCUUCAUAUCAGGCCCAGCUUCCCCAGCAACCGUUCUUCCUGCAACAAACACAACACCAACCUCAUUAUCAGCUAACCGGCCCGCCCUUUGCCACACCAAAUAUGUAUGCCGUCGAUUCCAACGAUUUCUACGGCAGCCAGGCUCAGUUUUCCCCCAUGACGACUUCCUACUCCAGUGACACGUCGCCUUCGUCCACCUUUUCUCCCUUGCCGUUAUUCUCCGCCUCUGAAGAUGCAGCAUUCGUGCAACCCGAAGGAUGGGACAUGCCCCAGAAGCCAGGUCAGGGAUACGCUGGCCCCGACAGCCAGGGUAGCACCGAGCCUUUUCCCACGCUUAACAGCUCGUCGAGUGUGAGGAAUGCAAGCACGCCUGGCAUGGACUGGAACACGUUUAUCACGCAGGGUUUCAACAACACCACGCCGCCAACGCCCGAGGCAUUCUCCCAGACCCAGCAACAACCAGCAGUGUCUGAGGCAGCUGUUCCCUAUGAACCCUUGGACGAGGCUGAAGAAGAGGGCGAGAUUCUUGUGGGCAUGGGCCUGUACGACACCCCCGACAAGCUUGCUGAGGAUCCUCAACUGAAUAACUACCGAUCAACUGUUUCAUCACUCUUGGGAUCAUCAUACCGACCGCAUGAACCUCAGGGCAAGGGCCUCAAACUAGAAGAGACUUGGGAACCACCCAAGGCGGACGAUGAGGAUGAGGCAGAGGAAGAAGGGGAGGAGGAGGACGACGACGAGGACGACGAGGAGGAAGAUGACGAAUAG